AUGGGCAGACGGGGGACAGGGCAGGGGCCGCGCACGGGCUCUUCGCUCGCACGGCCCCCUCGGGUCCCAGCUGAGCACCCGCCCCCAGACCUUCAGAGCCGAGCACGUCGCCACCCACGCGGGGCUGCCCAAGGCAGGGACCUCGGUGCUGUCCCCGGCUCCUCCCUCGUCCUCCCCGGGCAGUUGCCGAUCCUACCUCCUGAGUGUCCACCACCCCAGCACCCCGCCUCCAGCCCUACAGCUGCAGCUCACUUGAGGCCUCGUGCCCAGUCACCACGGCAGCCUCGAGCUGCCCUCGAGCCCUCAGCCACCACUCCUGCCCUGGACGGUCUCACCUCCCACGCCAGCCCUGUGCUCAAGGGCCCUACAGUGGCCCCGUUGGCAGCGACGCAGUCCAAGCUCGAGCUGUGCCCACCCCGCAUCUGGAAUCCACCCCAGCCUCUCCAGCUUCGUUCCUUUCCACCACCUGCUCCAGAUCUCACACUCCCUGAGCACAAGCACGUGGGCUGUCCCUUCCCCGCACCUCCUGCGCCACCUCCGCGCAUUGCUCCCUGUGACCUCUCGGGCUCAGCUCAGCACCCACCCCCAUGA